GGUUAGUGCUCACUUUUACUGUUUGGUUUGGUUCACCGCUUCAUCUUCCUUCUUUCAGGAGGGGAAUUCACAGUUAUACAUGACAUGUAAAUGAUAUUAAAAGCAGGAGGGUUGAGUAAAGUUAGUGUUUCCCUACCUGACAGUGUUGAUGCAGAGAAAGGGAAAUACAUGGGAUAUUUAUGCUAGAUACGGGAAAACAAAACACCUUUUUCCUAAGUGUUAAUAUACAAUUUGAUUAAUCCCUAUAAAUCAUAUUCUGUUAGUUUGAUUAAACUUAUUUUUUGUCAAAUGGCCACCCACACACACACACACUUUUGUUUAUUGUUUCAAGACAGUUAAGUACAGCACUACAAAUAGUCAACUUGCUUUUAAAAAUAAUGAACAAAGCCACAGCACUCCAACAAAGACACUUAGCUCCCAAGCAUGAAAAUAGUAUGAAAACAAACACGUCAAACAGAUGACUUCCUCCUUGGGGCCAACAUCCCCUCAGAAUCCACAUGCAACCUCUGAGACAUGUAUGUUGAAACACACACGCGCACACACACACACAAACACACUUCCCACCUUCACACACCAGCAGGCGCUUUCAUUGUGCUCUCAUGCACCUCUAUCAUACACUUCCUGUUUGCGCUGUUUGUGAGCCGCAGUGUGUUGUGAGUGAAGUGUAGGCAGAAGCCUGUGAGCGCGGCAGAAAGAUACAACAAACUACCAGCAGCUGGUUUCACUGUUUGUCUCACUGCACUGUGCUGUGCUGCCAUGCCCAGGAUGUGGGUUUAUCUCUCUAACCGUGUUGUGCGUGAUGAAUGAAUGGCAGAGGUGCGUAGUUUGACAGACUUUUAUCUGGACUCUUUGGAAUCUUUGAACUCAGACCCAAGCAUGGAUGCCGGACAAUAAACUACAGGUAAGAAAACAAACCAUUAAUGUAUACUCUUUUGAAAAGGCAUCUGUUUCCUGCUCCGGGGGGCUUGUAUGGAUCAAUGACUUGUCUCUUUUGAUAAUAUGCCAAAGAGUAAAGUCUAGACCUGCUCUGAAUAUAAAGGACUUGGGACAACUUUAGGUGUGGUUGUGAGUUACACAGAAAAUCGAUUAGUUGAUUGAUUGAUGGUAAUAGUCCUACAUGCUAAGAGUUGGAGAGCAAAAUGACUUCACGCCUUACAGUUGCCUUGUAGCAUCUAAAGAAGCACGGGCACAAAAGCUGUCAGCUGUGUACCAUCUGAGAGAAGCCGAUUUUGCCGGUCAUCUCAUGUUGAUUUACUUUAUAAUACUAGACUUUGUAAAAACCUCACGUGCUUUGUUUUCGGUCAAAUAGAUAAGCCAAUGGACAAUGUCAUUGCUGUAAUGAUGGAUAAACUGAUGGAUCAUUUCAUAUAGACAGCUCUUCUUGUCAUUUGAACAAACUCUAACUGCGAGACCAUUUAGAGGACUUCUGCUUUUCAAAGGCUCUGUAUGAUUCAUGCUUUUAAUAAGCGCUGAGGAAGUAGCGAGGCAGAAUCACGUGUUGGGCGCAUGGACGUCUUCUGGCUUUAAAUGUCUGUGGCUAUACUUGUGUCUCUAAAUGGAAACACACAUGUAAGAUAUUGUGGUCUGACAUCUGUGUCAGCACCUUAAACUGCAUGUUAAAGCCAUGUGUAGUCAUGUUACGGGGUAUUCUACACCAGCUGAUGUCUGUCAUGCUGCUAACAUUCAGCUUUAUACCAAGAGGGAUCUUCAUAUGUGGACUUGGUGAAUUUCACUGCAGAGUGACAACCAAGGAUGCUAGGAAAACCAUGUGAGCCAUUCCAGACUCAAAAGUUCAAUCUGACACAAAACAGUCUGUAAGUGGUCUCUGACAACUCCAACUGAUAAAAUCACUGACUGAACUCAACAUCCUCCAUGAACUGACCACCUAUCAGCUAGCGUAUGAUUUCUCUUUAGUGAUACUAUGAUUCAGGUUACAUAGAAAACUGACAGUGAUCUAGAGUUCAUGAACUUCAGUCCAUAUAAUCAGAUCAAAACUGACCUGUGGUUCAACAAUUAAAUGUUGCAGUUGAGUGGAAACGCAGGAUUUACCAAGUCUCAUGUUUAACUUCAAAUCUCUGCAGCUCUGAUGUGACUGAAAGAUUCAAACUGACAAGUGGGUCAAUUUUUCAUCAAGACUUAACUUGAUUCUUAACUAGCAUGACAUUUUUUUUUACCAUCAUGAACAAAAAGCAUUUCAUGUACUGUCUCCUUGUCAAAUAAUGUCAGACUCCGCCAAAGGAAGAGAUCAACACUUCUCAGAAAUUCUCCAAUUACACAAUCACUUUGAGGACAGAAAUCACCUCCUGUUGGGAAACAUAAACUGUCAAAGUUCAUCAUGUUUUGAGCUUGAACACAGAUUGAUGACCUUGAUUGGAGGUGGCAGAUGUUGGCGUCUUUUUUUUUUUAACCGCUCAUAUAAAGAGAAUAUAGGAUGUCACAAUGUGGUGUUUUUCUCACAUUUGGCGGAGUUUGACAGCAAUAUCCCGCUGCAGAGCUUUGUUAUUCACAGCAGGGCUUCCUGUUUGUCUCUUUUUUGCCUUUUGAAUCACUCAAACCUUCGAUUACAUCUCUACUAACACACAUUUUGAGGUCAACACCCCCCUUCUGUAUGUACAUUCGCAUCUCUGCAUGUGCACAACCCACUUGAUUUGACAAAGAUAAAUCUGAUGAUGUGAAGCUGAAAUCACACGAUGAAAAUCUGUAUCUCCAACAUUUUCUGCAUGGUAAAACUCUGCACUCCACAUAGGGAAACUGAGUAGACAAAGACCUAGUCCUGUUUAAGGAAUGGAGUCUAAACUGAUAAAACACCCUCUAUUUUUGCAUUAGCGCUAGUUUCUGCAUCUGUUUAUCUUUGUCAAUUGAGGAAGUAAAGACCAAAGUUUGUAUAAAGAGGCUUUCUGUUGUCUAAGUGACAAACAACACUGUAUUUUCCUCACAGUAGUUACAUGUAGUUGGGUAGGUUUUUGCAAUCUUGUUUGAUUUUAAAAAAACUUUUUUUUUAAGAUGCACAGAAAUCAUCACCAAAUCUAACCCAAAAUAUGCUUGUGUUACAUUAUAUGACAAACAGUCAGAUUUUAUGGUUCUUCUGUAAACAGUAGAUGACCAAAGAGGUGACACGUGAGACUACAGACAAUUGAAUUUCCCUUCAGGGAUCUAUAAACUUCUUCUUCUUCUUCAAACAUAAACAAGAACUCCUGAAACUGCUCUAAAACAGACCACUUCCACAUCAUGAACUCGAUGAAAACAGCUUUCAAAAACCAUUUCAGUCACCCAAUUUUGUCCUGCCGUUGGGCGCUACCAAACUCAACUGUUUCAUACAAUAGCUUGUUUGAUUUGACUCGUGUUUUCUCACCGGUUACAGUUGUUUGAACGAAAGGAAACACUUAGUUACAGUACGGCUUUAGAGUUGGACCGCUGUUGUUUCCUAAAGUCAUAAGAGGCCGGUUCACAUCCAGUAGGUCAGUGGAGAAAAGAGAGGGUGGGGGAUAUAAGAGCUCUGUGGGCCAACAGAGGAAGACUGGAUGUGAAUAUCAGACUCUAUUAAUCACGAGGGGUUUGUAUGAAUGACAGACCUGUAUACUGUACACACACACAUACAAACAAAGACUCAUAAACACACACACCAGCUCUUGUGGUCCCUGGUCUGUGGGAGUAUAUCUGUGGGCCUGAUCACACAGCAACAAUAGGGAGGCACCUGCUUCCUCAGCUGUGCAGGGAAGCUUUCUUCCUUUUAGGAAGCAGUUGGUAAUGGGAUCAGUGGGAGAGAUGGGAAGCGGCCUGUGAGGAUGGUGUUGAGGAGAGGAAGAGGAGGACAGCAUGAGAAAGACACAGGUAAAGGUGCAGGGCUGGCACUCUUGACUUUGUCUGGGAACCAGUCAUGAGACAUAUUCUGCUGCAGACAGACACACUUCUUCAUCCUUUCCUCUGAUAAAAUAGAGAUUUGUGGGCAGCUGAAGAUCUUGCCAUGAUAAAAACAGUCACAACUCUGGCUCUGAAGAUGUUCUUUACAGUUUAUUGCCGUUCAACUCUUUAAAAUACAUUACUAUUGUCAAGGACGAAGAGUUAUGAAAUAGUUUUCAUUGUUAAGGAUGACUGGUUCUUCUCUCUUUUGGCAAUCAGCUGACGAGGCUAUUGUCCUUUUAGUGUUGCAUAACAGGUUAUUUUGUCAUCAUAACAUCACCUUCUAGCCAGCAGUGCUGUUUAUCGCUGUGGGCUUUUGACAUACACGUCCCCUUAUGAGAAAGACCUUGCCUGCUAUACUUUGAUCACUGUUUUAAUGUACGCGUCAAUCAUUUUCUUUUGAUGAUCUGAUAAAACCAUCUCUGCGAAUCCAGUGAGAAUCUCAUGCUCUCGAGUCUCGUUUCUCCCUCCACCAUACUACUUGUUAUUGUCUGCCUGUUAUGAGCUACAACCCACUAAAAAGUGGAAGUGACCUUGUUGACUCGUAGGGAUGUGCUGCAUACAUCCUCUUAUAAAACACCACAUACUCACACGUUUGCAACACAACAGGCCAGCUCUACGUAAACAACUAGGCCUGUGAUGACACUCUGGAGUUGGGGCAUGUCUAUGAAAAUCCCAGUAUUUGCAUUUUCAAGCACCGGCUGCCUGAUGUUACUUUUUCAGAUGUAAUGUUUUAUUGCUGAAAUACAUUCAUAAAGUUUGAGUAAUGAAUAACAGUAGCCAAACUAUAUUUUGUCUAUGUUCAGUGUCUGAUAAUACAACCCUCAGGACUGUUACUAGGCCUACUGUUAGGUAUGUAUAAAACCAUUUUCACUCAGCUUACAUGAUAGCCACUACAUGUUAAAUUCUUAGACUUAAUUCAUGUAUUAGCCUACCUCUGCACGUCCUUAUUGAGCCCCAUCCUGGAUGCAGGGGUCAUCAUGAGUCUGACCUGGUAGUUCCUUCCACUCUCACCGGGCUCCUCUCCAGCUCUGUCCAACCCUCACAAUGGCCGGAGCCCCUCGGCUUAUGUGUCCAACACGGGCGGCUGCAAUCUCCCGCUUCCUGCCACUCGGCCUCGUCUUAGACACAAUAUAUCCCUUGGGAAGAGGGACUGCUGAGAAGAAAGGGGUCACACUGCCGCGUUUACAAAGGCUCAAUACCUGCUGGUUUUGUUUGUUUCCUAAUGGUAACGAUAGGAAGACGGAGUGAGGUGAGCUUCAAUCCCCUGCAUGGACUUCCUGGUCUCUUCUUCGGCGUUGGUUCGCCGGUCGAGUGUAGGAAAACCUGCGUGUGUUUCAACGGCUCUAUGAGCAGGUAUUAAUCGGUGAAAAUAGUUUAAUUUUGGAGUAUUAUGCUAGUCUUACACCCGUUUUCAUAAGCGCGUUUGUCCACGACGUUUUGGUCCCAACUCAUGAAUUUGUUUGUCUUUAACGAACUGGGUUUUAAAACAUUGUAGAAGGCGCGCGCAAUCUUCCUGGCUAGCAGUGCCUUAGUUCUUGGUAACAAACAGUUUUUAGCUAACAUGACAGAAGGUUUUUAAAAGUUGCUCCAUUAACUCUAACUUUAUAAAAAAUAUUUUUUUAGUAGACAGAGAGAUUGAAAUCAACAGCUAGUGUAACAGUAAUUGUGUAUUUGUACUAUCUAAGACAUGCGUAGUAGCUUUCUGUCGCCCUUAGGUAGACCGAUGGCAACAUAGACAUUUAUAAGAAAGGCUAGAUGACUCGAGGCGGAGCUACCGGCGUCCCUCGGCGGCCAUCUUACUCCAGUAUACCAUUCUGGUACACUCUAUGGUAGCUGACAGGAGGUGAGUAUUCUACAUGAUCAAAAAUACUCUUAACUCGCUGAAAUCUUGACAGAUUUACAAAUGGUUUUGUUUAUUGACCUCAAUAAACCGUGGCUAUGAGUCGGGAUGCUUGGACGUACUGAAAUGGCAGCUUUCAGACAUAAUCAACAUUAAUUAAGUUGCACAUGAUUUCCAAGCUGUUUGGUUUGUUAAAAACAUCUAAAAUGGCAACAUGAGGCAGAAAUUUAUGUUGAAAAUAAAUAUUUGUAUAUGUUAUUGCUAUAUGUUAUUAUAAUUAUCCCUGUCAUAAAAAUAUAACUAAUAUAACUUAAAAGGAAUGAUUGAAUGAAAUGAUUUAAUAUAACUGCUUUGUGUGUAUAGGCCCAUAGCUAAAUUGCUCUACCUAUCUGCUUAAUGUUUAUUUAUGAAAAUCCAUGGUUAAAAUUAUUCUCGAGUAUGCAGGAACAUAACCAAAACUCUGAGGUUUGUUACGAACCAAACCGUUCGAAAAUCAGUUUAAAAUUAAGCAAUCUAUGGUUAUUUAAAUGCUACAUGCACCCUAGACUGUAAUGGUAUGAGUGGGCGAGCGUCCCGUAGCAAGAUGGCUGCCAUGCGUGGACAUUGGUCUUCAUUGGCUAACAGCGUGCAUAAGCCAUCUAGCUUCAUAUAUAUAUAUAUAUAUAUAUAUAUAUAUAUAUAUAUAUAUAUAUGGAUAGCAGUAGCUAUGAGGGGCAGGUCUAAAGAGUGCAUACAAACAAGAUGGUAGUUGAUUUCCUUAAAUGUGCUGCUGGUUUUGAACUAUAGCUAAAACACUUUGGUAAUCUAAUGCAACUCAAUAAAACAGCUUCAAAUCCCAAUUCUACAAAACUUGGUUUCAGGAGGUGUAAGUGGUUUACUGGACUGCACUAAUUUUAAUUUGGUUCCCUUUUUGUUUUUUAAUGAAGUGCACAAAACAACAGGGAUCCUUGCAGCACACACAAGUAUUCCGACACUACCAUGCCCUCAGAAAAAAAGAAAGUAAAGUGGCAUGGCUGGCCGAAAGGGUAUAUAAACGAGAUGGUUGAUGAAGUUCAUAUGCCCUGAUGCAUACCUACAUUAAAAUACAUUCAGAUCUGAUGCUUAAUUAAACCAGCUGGUUGUGGUUGUAACAUAUUUAAAAGACAGAAUUUGAAAGUGACAGACCUGGAGGUAACAUUGAUUCCUUUAAAAUACUAAAAACUGACAAAUUAGCACGUUUUCAGAGCGUCAAUCUUGUGUGUCAGGUCUGUUGUUUGUUACAUAGGGUUAUUAGGUGAGUGGGUGUGUGAGUAAUUUGUUGACUCCAUAGACAUGAUGUCUCCAGUUAUUUCUAGCUUUCAUGCGAAAUGGGGAAUUUGUCAUAGCCUCUGGGGAAAUUUUGAGGAGAUGUAAUCAGACAAAACCAGUGUUUGAUGUCAUUGCCCUUUUCUGUCACUGUGCUGACUGAAAUGUUUUUAUUACUCUAUUUCACAAACUCUUAAGUUCAUGAAAAAUUUAACACUUGUUGGUAGGAUUUAUGUCAAUGGGAUUUUAAUCUUCUGAUGGCUACAUGUGCCACAAUAACAAAAAAUAUAAAAGGUUGAUCUAUGAAAAGUGUUGUUGUCCUCACUUAAGGAAACUUCAUGUUUUGCCCCCCUCCCUAAAGAAAAAUCUAUUCUAAGAUAAGGGAAGCUUUAGCUAUUUUGGCUUGCUACAAAGUGCAGUAUCAGCAAUAGUUUCACUUCUCCUUGACCCAUAUCUCAAUAAAUAAUCAGCAAAUGUUCUAAAAUUAAAUAUUGUUUUGGUGUUUAUGUAAAACAGAAAAUCAUCGUGUUCUCAUAAUAAAUCCAUUGCUUAAAACAAAACUUUACAGACUGAUGCAGUCAUUGGAUUUCAACAUUCAUGUCCUUGUCUACAUCUUAUCUAUUAUUUUAAUGUAACUCACUCAAUUAGAUGUUAAUUAAGGCUAGUGGUUAAUUUUUAAUGCUGUAAACCACCCUUUUCUAGACAGACAGAGGAUGAAAAUCCUAUUAAAAUUAUCUUUUUACUUCGUUCACUAAUAACAAAAGCUGAAAAUUGGCAAGCCGGCUCGGUCAGUGAGUUUUUUUUAAUAACUUAUUUUGACAAUUCUCAUCGGAAAGCAAGAGGGGUUGAGUAUGUUUCCAAAACAGGCACUAAAGUAACUUCAAAAUGUAUGUACUGAAAGUAUAAGGUUCAAAGGUGGCAACUGGAGUUGCUUGGUAAACAAAGGAAUGAAGUGUCUUCAAAUGAUCUCAAAUGUAAAAUCAUAUUUAUAUAUAUAUUUUAUAUUAUCAUCUCCUUCUUCUCAAUCCACUAGAUUUAGAUUAAGAAAUUAGAUCCUAUUUAGAUCUGUAAAUCAGAGGUGAAAUGGUUGAUUGGGGACAGCGACUGCUGAAGUAGAACAUCUCUUACAACACCAAAGAUCUUGAUAGGGCGAGGUUUCCCCUCCUAGCAGAGAUGAAGCAGUAAGACACAAUUUGUGCACAUGGUGUUGAUUACCAAAUGUUUCUUUCUGAGGGUAACUUUGUGACUGAGGGGUAUUUGUAUAAAGCAACAACCCCACAAAAAAACACUUGCAGAGCUACAUCGCUGUAGUUACCAUUAAAAAAGUGGUUGCUGACCAUAUAACACGUUUCAAGUUUGGGUUGCAGUCAUGGUUGACUUUUGGUUUCGGUUGGUUAGUGGCAGCUUUCAAACCGUGUCAUCAAACACCUGUCGCUUUAAAUGUUGUUUACUACCCAAAGAGGAUUAACAAAUUUGGCACUCAGCUCCUCUCAGUCUGCCAUGGGACGUCCCCCUGUAUUUUAUGAUGCAUGCGACGUCUGAUGAGAUGAUAAUAACAGAACUGAAACAUCUCGCCACACCUGAUUUAUCCUCAGAUGCUGCAUGAAAAACAGCCGAGUGUUUUGACAGACGGUUAGUAAAAGUAAAGCUCAGCACAUACCCUGUGAGUCAUGUGCUGACUGAUUUCAACGUUAAAUUAUACGGCUGCUUUUCUUUCACCCUAUCAGAAAUGUCAUAGCGUAGAAACGAUGGGCUUGUCUUGGUUGCCUUUUUUUGUUUCUAAUAAUGUUGAAGUUUUAUCAAACCUUCAGUUAAACCUACGUCAAAUGUUUAAAGAGACAUAACGGAUGUGAAGUUGGAGGUUGUUGUUUUUGUUCAUUACACAUAGAUCUUCACAACACAAAAACUGAUCUGGCUCUUGUCAGCCCACUCAGAAGGCGUCAUAAACUGGAAUUUGUCAGAUCAGGUGUCACAUCAUAAUUGUUGAAUUAUUAAAGCUACCAUGGCAACAGAAUAGCAAAACAAGUAACACUGCAUGUGUUUUCCUUACAUUUGAAUGUCCCUCUAUGGUUUAUGUAUCUUCUCAGACUGCUUUUCAUGCUUCAUGGGUGAUCCGCCUUCAUGCAAAACAGAUAUGAUAACAUACUGUUCAUAAAAAGAAAUGAGCAUACAUACGUGUAUGCAUGUCAAUAUUAUGGAACCACAAAAAGGAUUCCACAGAUAAGAUAGAUGGAACCGUAGUUAUGCGUUAUGCUGGGUUUUUUGAUAUCGCUCCGUCUCUUUUCCCUCCACAGAUCCUGAGUGGUAAAGAUGCAGCACACGUCGUGCACGGAGGACAGGAUCCAGCACGCUCUGGACAGGUGUCUGGACGGGCUGAGACAGAGUCCCACAGCUGCACAGCACUGGAACGGUAAGAACCAAGAAGCUUUGGAGGUGUUAAUGACAGCAAAUGAGAUUUAGGUGUUCUUACUUGAGUUUAACUAGUGGGUCUGGCAGUCAGUAUGAUUUAAGAGUAAAAAAAAUGAAGGUUAAAAAUCAAGUAAAAACCUUUGACCUGCUCUGUCUUCUCACUCACCGAGUACCGUACCAAAGCUGAAGCUUUUACUUUGCUGCAGUUUGAGAUCGCUACUUGUCUGUUUUCUUCAAUUAUAGUGAUGUCUCUCUCGCUCAAACAUGCCAGAUCAGCUGUAAACAGCCAAACUAAGAUCAACAAAGAGUUCAGAUUUCAUGUUUUUUACACACAGGGCGCCAAAACCCACAGUUAAAAAAAAGUUCCUUACAUUGUCUUUAAAGAAAACAGUAGAUAUCUGCCUCUAUAAAUUACACUGAGCAGUUAUCCCUUUGCUGAUACAGUCUUGUGUUUAUAAAGUGUGUGUAAUGUUCUCUCCUCUGCCAUUUUUGCAUUCGCUUCCUUUUCAAUACCAAAGGUCAUUGGCCUCAAUCUUUUGCCCCCUAGAUUAACUGAUGUCUUCCUCAAAAGCUUGUGGCAGAUAAAGACGAUCAAACCCUGAAACCUUCACUUCCUAGUUCACAGCAGCAGCUCUUCUCAGUAAUACAGACCCCAGUACGUGUGUAUUUGGAUGUGAUAACUGCCAUUUGCGGUGUUGUUAUGGUCAGAGAGCAGUUGUUUGUUCUCACCUUCACCACAUAUAGUUAGCAUGUGACAGUCGACUUGCAGGGUUCACGUACAAAGGCACGUUAAGCUUGUUGUUUACACUGUUGCUGUGAGAUCAUUAGAAGACAUGCUUUGGUGAUACAGGAAGCUGUGUGAACGUAGAGCCAGGAGGAAGUGGUGGCAGGGACCACGGUGGUUAAAAGUGGCAUUGUGAGGCUUGGGCUCUUGUGGUACGGAUGGAGUGUCAGAAUACGUCAGAUCAGCCUGACAAGCAUUCAAACAAAUGUGACUUUUGCGUCAGAGUUUGUGAUGUUGUGAGGAGCUUCCUUUUACAUUUCAUUUAUUUUUAAAUCUUUAUAACUCUGCUGUCACAAAAGCUCCGGAAACAUAAAAUUAUUGUCUAUAUUAUUAAAUAGAAGGUGAACUUUCACUCAUACCCAAGCAUCAAUACUCAUAAUGCAGCCAUACCUAAUUUGUCUCUCUCUAGUAGCAACACAUUUCCCUCCUGUAAAUCCUAAAUUUUUGACCUAAAAAUGAAUGUUUCCAGUUUGCAUUUAAAGAAUAGAAAAAAGGCGUUUUGGUCUCACUUCAUACAACCUAGAUAAUGGAUCAUUCCUCUUUUAGUUAGUCUGUGAUUGACAUUUUCUCCAAUCAACUCAUCAUGAUUGGAGAAAAUGAGAACUAACUGAGAGAGUAACUGUCUGGUUCUCCAUGAAAAAAUCAACCAAUCACAAAGACCUAUUUGGUCUGUGCGCUCAAACUUGAUGACAAAUGUUGCUUCUUAGUGCAGACUAAACUAAAAAAUUACUUCCAUCAUCCAAAAUACAAAAUAUCCAGAAGCUGUCGAGUAUCAUUACUGGUUCUUUGUUUUUUUACAAAAGCGCUGUGGGAUUCAUUUCUAUAUUAAUAUCGUUAUCCUUUGCGUGUUUUGGAAAAUAAGGUGAAAGCGUAUGUUAUCGCGCUUAUUUUUUUGGUACGUUCUAGUCUUUGGUUUCCACCUGCCAACCUACCUACCAACCUACAUUCUCCCUGCCUUCAUAGCUUGCUACCUACAUACCUGCUCUACCUCCCUUGGUAACAACUUUCUUACACACUAGGGCUGGACGAUUCUCACGUUUUAAUUUCAAUUACUUGGCUUUCCUUGAUUAUGAAAGAUGAUUGAGAAUGAGCGAUUACCAUGCUGCCUGGUGUGUUGUGCUUAUUUUGUUGUAUGUAAUAAAUAAAACACACACUCCUCUUACCCCAAAGCAGAGAAAUCCUUUCAGACAGCUCUCACCUUUACUUCAUUAGAUACACGUGCAAUAAAGUUCAGGAGCAUGAGGAAGUGCAGAUGCCGUAAAAGUUCAUUGUAGACUACCGUAUCCUCAACAUGUUGUGUUGUAGCAGUAAAAACAAUCAUGCAGUCAUCGAUGGAGAGAGGGGGAGCUAGAGAGAUACCUACAGGAGGUGGCAGGUGUGUGUGGAUGUGCGUGUUUGUGUAAAAAGAGCUGAAAGAUAGAAUGAGCACGAAAAGAGAGACUGGCGAAUAUGAGUAUGAAUGGGCAUGAAUAAACUAUAUAAGGCAGCAUUGUUCAUAUCUUCAUAAAAUGUAAGCUAAAGCUUCAACAAAAUGAACAUAAAUAAUGUUCUACAACACCCUUCUAUCCAGCUAUCUGUCUGACUACCUUUCUACAUCACCUCCUUCCUCCGUACUUAAUAUGUCAAUAUAUAUAAUAUAAGAUGGAUUUUUUUGUGCACUAAUCUUCGAUGGAUCCCAGACUGAUUAUACCUCCUCAAAAAAAGAAGAAAGAAAAACGAAUUGCAUUCUUAAAAUAAAAAUUUAAUACUUUGUUUUUAAAAAUUGUCAUAUUUUGAAUAAACUGGCAUUUAAGGGGUUAAUAUGACAAUAUUUUCACAAUUUAACCCCUGGCACAUUAAGAGGACAGGAGUUAAGGACCAAAAAAAAAAGGAAAAAGAAUCUUUUUCCAUUUAUUUUUUUAUGUAUAUCUAUAUGUCAACAGAUUCAUGGACAAAAGUGUCUGCUAAGCCACUAAUGUGAUUUUUUAAAGGGGGGCCUGAGGGUUAAGCUAACCUCUUACAUGGUUUGCCAACCACCGCAAUCCAUAUCUUUUCAUCAACCUUCUUCUUUCCUUAUUUUUAAGUCCAAGGUAACAAAAAAAGUCAUGUCAUAAAACUUACAGGCACUCAAAGAAGAUACUGAACUUGGUUGAAAGUAUUUAAUAAUGAUUUAUGUCUGUGUUUAUGUGACAUCUGUUCCUCUCUGGGUACGUAUCAAAUUUGUGCAUUACAGUAACCUAAAUCCACCUUUUUGUGUUUCAGUGCUGAUGUGCUCAGCAGGUCAGUCCAUGAACCGCUGGAGUCUGGAGGAGCUGGUGAAAAGGGACCCUGAGAACUUCCUCAUCCUCUUACAACAGAUCAUCAGAAAGACCAAAAAGGUGAGACCACAGAGGUCACAAGGGACACAUGUGAGCAUGGAGCCUCCCUCACACAUCGUAGGCCUAACUUGGCAAAACACCAGUUAUGAGAGGUGCCCACUUGGUACUGGCUGUUCCUGCCCAUAUGUAUCUUCAUGUUUAAGAUACAAGGGAUUUAACGGGUGGUGUAUGAGGUGAUGUAACUCAGAAGUACAGCAUAAACAUUGGGAUGAGGGUGUGAUGGUAUAGCAUGAGUACAGUGAGUGCUGUUUGAGCACUGUUUGGACAAAUUGUUCAUUCUGAUCACUGUCUGUCUUUAUCUAUGUGUGUUCAGGCUCAGGAGCAGUGUCAGUAUGAACUGGUGGCUCCCCUGGCGAUUAUGUUCUCUUCCACUCUGCUUCAGGUAGGAUUUCACACGACCCUCUCAGACAGGUCUAUCUCGCUCCUUAAAGAAACCACACGAGGAUACCUAAUGUGUGAUUUGGUUGCAGACGCCGUACUGUCCACCUGACACAGAGCUGUUGGAGGAAGCUAUUGCUGUGUUUCGCUGUUUCAUCACCUGGCCUGAACCGUACAGCAGCGUGUGCAGAAACCUCCUGUCCACUCUACAGCUGGAGAUCAAGGCUCCAGGUAAACACAGAUAAGUUCAUUUGGUUUGGGGCUUCUUUAUGCACAUAUGUACUCUCGUUAUCUGGUCUGCUUCGAGUUGCUGUCUUUGAAACUUUGUGAUUGGCUUCCCCCUAGUGUCAGGUUGGAGAAAUGCAUGUAGGAUGAUGCAACUUAAACCGUAUUACAAACAACAGUACCUGAAUCUGUCAGUCUGCAAUGACAGGAAGAUUAAAGACUUCAGCAUGAAUUUGAACUUUCUCCUAUUAAUGUAAAUUUGUUUGAAAGAGAAAGAAGCUUCAGCAUUUACAAAACUAAAAAGGAAAACUAUGGACACCCACACUGAAAUGAACAGGAAGAAGAAAGGAAGCGCUAAAAAUUCAACAACAGGCUGGAUGAAACAUUUAAAUUUGCUAAAUAAAAACUGUGUAUUGAUUUAAUUUUUCAUAUAUAUCACAAACAUGAAUUUGUUUGACAUUGUAAAGGUGCUCUGGGAUAUUUUUUAAAACAUUUUCUUUUACCCUGGGCCACUUUUGACCCAUAUUCAUAGGAAAACAGCCUGUAGUAGUAACGGUAACAAUAUUAUAAGAAGCUGCCUCACAAACAGAUAUGUCUGUGAUCUUUGAAGAACUCUUCCUGCCUGUGGGCAGCUCUCCAGCGACUGAAAGUGUCACUUUAUAUCCCAAAAAACACAGAGUUCUUGUCAAGUUGUAAAGUUAAAAACCAUCAACAGAAAACAUAAAAGGUUUCUCUUUUCUCCCUCUAAGGAAUUUCCUUUCAGAGGUUAGUAAGAGAGGAACAGGGUCUCAUCGCCUCCAGCCAGCACUCCAAGACCAUGUAAGUCCACAUUAUUGAAGACAUGUACUUUCUGCUAAACUGUAGAAAAUACCGUAUUUACUCCAGGUUUGUACAAUUUAGGAGUCAGUGUUUAAUGAAACCUCUUUGAUUCAUCAAAUCCCAUCUUUGUUUUCUCUCCCAUGACUAGCUCUAGUUGUACGUAGACAUUUGUUCUUCUAUGAGGACUAUUUUUUUUGGAGAGAGCACAUAAAACUUGUGUUUUUGCCUGAAAUGUUGAGUCUUCUGUUUUUUUCAGUUUAAGUGUGUAGGGGGUUACUUUUGCAAUCUUGUACCAUCUGCUUUCCUGUUAAAAAAGCAUUUUCCAGUCAUCAGAGGUGUAGGUAUCUGAUCUGACAAAAAACUGCUCUAGUACACAGCUUCACUUAAGUAUUGCACUGUGGAAAGCCCCUUUAUGUUCCCUUUUCCACAGUAACCAGCACUACUAUAACAUCCUGUUGCAUCUUCCUCUGAUAUGAGUUUGAGAACAUGUUCUCAUGUUAUAACUGACACCAUCUGUGCGCUUCCUGCAGGACCGUGCUUCUGAUGAAUCCAGGCGAGGUGCCGUCUGACUUUGUCUCAGUGGCCGAACAGCUCAGUAGCAUCCAGCACUCAGAGGGAGAAACCUACAUCACACUGAUCAAGCACGCCUUCCAAUCUACAUUGGGGACCAAGUACCCACUGCAAAGCAUCCAACAAGCCCUGCGGGUUUGUACUCAGAGCUGUGGUUCUGAUUCUUCAGAUUAUGGACCAGAAUUUCAAUUCAUAUUAUACAGUAUAUUUUUUUGAUUUGUGAUACAACUUUUGUGAGGUAUUUUGGAUUAAUUUGUUAUCUGAUUACAACACAAAAGAAAAAUAUGAAGCCAGAAUUUUGAGGAGGAAUUUUGUAAAAAAAAAAAAAAAAAAAAACAUACGUAAAAGAACAAAACUUUUAUAAUAUACUUUAUACUUUUUGCAGGAAAAGAAUGUGGAUGAACUUGGGGAGAUCUACUCCGUCAUAAGUAAUCUUUUAGAAACAGCUGCCGCCAUGAGUGACCCCCUGAAGGGACGCAGCCAUGUGAUCCAGGGACUUGAGCAGCUACGGGAGAGUAUGAGAAUCCCAGCAUCCAAUGGAAGGAAGUCUGACGGUAAAAAGAUGAGCGUCAUGGGGAUAUUCACACAUACAGAAUUAGGAUAUUUUAUUUUCUGAUGAGUAUUGUUCUGAUUUUCUCUUCUUUUUUUUUUUACAGGAAUGUUGCAAACUCUACCACUGCCUACAGCCAAGUGUUACAUGUUUCACUGGGAAAAUGACAAUUUUGGUAAAGUGCUCUACAAGAUUCUUCAUUGAUCAAUAUAUAGCAAAGUUAAGCAUUCUGCUAUAGGCUAAUAAAGAUGUUACUUAAAUGUUAAAGGGAUAUUCUGGCGUAAAUUUAAGUUAGGGUCAAACACACCGUGACAUCGAGUUAGACACCCCCUCGAGAGAUGACCAAAUACAACUCACCCACUCUCCUCCAGCAGCCCCUUGUUUGUGGGGGGAGCCCUGACGAGUCGAUCACCGAGUGCAGUGGAAAAUUUAUGAUUAUAACUUCAUGGAAAUGCAACCAGUAAUAAUGAAGUAAUAAUCAUAAAUGUUCUUCCCUGAGCUGCGAAACUCCACUACACUCGGUGAUCGACUUGUCAGGGUUCCCCCACAAACAAGCGGCUGCUGGAGGAGAGUGAGUGAGUUGUGUUUGGUCUCUUUGCUAAAGAAACCAGGCAAACUAAAUGAUGUUUGAUGGCUAGUACAAUGGCUGGGACCGUAUAUGUACUGUUGAUGAAGUUAGGUGCUGUUCUGAACAUUAAUUGUGGCUAUAGAGUGGCUUUUUGGUUGAGGUUUGCCCGUGGAGAUUUAGACCACUGUCUAUUGCUUUUAUGCAGUCGUUACUAAAGUUGGUAUAACUAGAGAAGUAAGCAGUCGGCAACAUUCAUCUGUCGAGGGGGUGUCUAACUCAGUGUUACGGUGUGUUUGACCAUGACUUAUAUUUACUCCGGAAUAUCCCUUUAAUACAAGCCCACAUAGUAAAGUUUUGUUGAAGCUAAGCUGUGAAAAAAUUGACGAUCAUCGCAGUUUUACUUGUUUUAUGACGGUGACAGUAGAGUAUCAUCUGCAUGCACUUAGAGUUUAUGGGCUUUGUAACUGGACUUGGAUCAAGGGGCAUUUCGCCUCUUUGGUUCAUCUGUGAAGGUGUCUUUAAACUAAGAAACAAAAUCUUCAAAGUCUCUGAGAAGUCCAGUCGUCUUUUGGAUGAAACUGUGAUUAGAUCGUGACAUCUGGUUGAUAUUUGUCCAUUUGGAUUCCUGCAGAUGUUCUCAACACCCUUUUGGAGCAUGACUUGGAUGACCUCCCCACCAACGGUCAUGCUGAGGAUGAAGAGGUGGUCAUCAGUGACAUUGAGGAUCUGAUGGGGAUUGGAGAAGAAGAGGAUGACGAAGACAAAGAAACAGAGGUGCAUGGGGUAAAAUUGCCUUUAAUGUCUACGCAUCGUGCCUCCACCAUCUCCUCCCUGUCCACUGCCUCCAAAGACUCUAUGUUCUCCACUUUAUCUGUGACCUCAGGGUCCUAUGCUCCGUCAAUCUUCUCCAUCACGUCUGGAAUGGAUAGUGACUUCUUUGACGAUUUUGAUGACUCUCCAAUCUCUGGAAAAUGUUCACCUAAGUCUGCUAAUAAAGCUUCUGCCCGGUUCAGCCAGCAUUUUUACCGGCUCUUCAUCAAACCUAAAGGGUCUCGGGCACUGAUCCGGGCUAAAAGCUUAGGAAACACAGAAUCAAAGGACCUUUUAUUGGUACGAGAUAGGCGCUCAAACUCUCUACCCCAGCAAGUGAAGUUACGGAAUCCUGAGCCUUUGCAACAGCCGCCAAAUCAGACUCUCAAACAUGUCUGCUUCCGGAGGAGGCCGAUUCUCAGCAGCGAUGAGGACAUCAAGAGCACUACUCUGAGAGUGGUGGUGUUCGGUGCUGAUCACGUUGUGGGGAAGGUGGCUCGGGCUUACAACAGUCUGAGGAGGAAGGAGAGUGAAUGUCCCCUUCUCAGCAGGGCCUUCAAGCUUCGCUUCUACUUUAUGCCUGUGAGGAGGAACUCUGCUGCAGGGCUGGGGAGUCUGAGGUCUCUGAGUCCUCUGGUCCAAACUGGAACUCCAAAGGGAGCAACCCUGUCAAAUGUAAGCAGAAGUUUGUUUACAGAGUCAAAUAUACUGAUAUUUGCGUGGCUACAGCGAAAGAGCACAAAACAUGCAUGCAAAAAUAUGUAAAUGAGAACCUCUUAUAACUGUUCCUUUUGGCAGGGUCUUGCCCACUCCAGCACAGGGGACAGCACUCAUGACAUUGCCAAUCUCUUGGGCAUGUUGGACCCUUGGUAUGAGAGAAACACCCUCAACUUGCUUAAUUUGCCCACCAAUGUCGUCUGCCAGGUACGGCUGGAAUGAAACUUCUAUUCUUGUCUUCUGGUCCACUAAUACUGAAAGUUUUGUCUUAAAAAUAGAUAAAGCUUGGAGUAUCACUGACUUAUGACACUGUCUGAUGUUAUUUAAAGGCUACAUCUGUUUAAAUAAUUGUACCAAUGGUAAAAAUGUUUUGUAUCACCCUGCAGCAAACCUCAAAGACGGAGUCAGAAUCAUACAAUAGUUCGUAUGAGCAGCGUCUGCCCAUCUUGGCAGAUUUGGUUCUGUACUACUGCCGCUAUGCCACCAGGCCAGCUCUGAUCCAACUCUACCAGGCUGAAGUGAGACACAAAUACACAGCACACUUAGUGAAAGCUUCAUUAUUCAGGUUAUUUUCACCCAAAAUGAAGUUGCUGAUUGAAGAUCUCUUGUUUUCCAGUUGACGUUAGCUUGUGGAGAGAAGAGGACUGAGGUGUUUGUCCACUCCCUGGAGCUCGGUCACACUGCAGGAACACGAGCCAUCAAGGCCAUGGGUGAGUGUGACUCAUCCUACAUCCCAAAAACAUGUAUCCAAGCAACCACAACACACACACACACACUAUACACACACCCACACACAAAUAACAUCCUCUGCAUGUUCUCUUUUAAAUGCAUCAUCAUCAUCACCAGUGUUUUUGAGGUUGAGUCUAGACCAAUUCAUGGAAGAGGAACAUCUGCUAUUUCAAUGUUUCCAUUCAGUCUACUUCUACUUUUUGAGUUUCACUCAUCACGACUUGCGUUGCACUUCUGAUUUUUCAUUUCCUGUGUGAAGUCAAAAUUCAGGGGAAAUUUAAUGUCUGAUAUCUGUUGUUAGCAUAUGGAUGACUUUUUUUUAUCCUACUACCAAACAAUAUGUUUUACACUAAAGUCAGUUUGUAAAACUUGUGUAAGACAAGUUAGGUUUGAAAUAAACAGUUUGACUGAUAAAUGUUUGUGUGUGUUAAUCUCCCUUCUCACAGGUGCUGCCAGCAAACGAUUUGGCAUUGAUGGUGACAGAGAGGCAGUGCCACUAAUGUUGGAGAUGCUGUACAGCAGGGUAAGACUCUUUGAUGCUACUCACAGUUUUAAAAAAAGAGAGUAGAUUUUUAAGUCCAGUCAACAGAAAUACCUCUUAUACAGACAUCCCAUCACCAGUAUAAAAACAUCCCACUAUCUUUCCUGCUCACUCUAUUUCACUUGGUUUUGAUUACGAUAACUCCUUCUCCCACAGACAUGACACAAAACAGCAAUGACCAUGUCCCAGUGGUACAUGACAGCCCUACUAAAGACUAAUCCAACAAGCUACCAUGAACUAACAAUUGCCUAAAAAAUCUGCUUGUUUAAUGGAAGCUCCACCGAGAAGUGUUCAGUUUUUCUGCUUUAACCUUUGCUCUCCAUGUAUGUUACAUAAGUUCAGACAAAAACGGACAAUUUUAACUGGUUUUAAAGCCUUUACUUCAUGAGGAGUAAUCUAUGUCUAAUAUAAUAACUUUAAAUGAUGUUAGGAUCAUCUGAUCGAGGUAACUUCAUCAGCAGCCGUCUAAAAGUUGUAAUCCAGCCACCCAUACUGCUGUCACAGUCAGCAGUAGAUGCUUAAAUUGCUUCAACAGUAUCGGCCCUGGAGCAAGAUUGCACCAUACACAAAUUUCUCACCAGAUUCAUCUACAGUGCUGAUGACCAACAAUGACAAACAAUAACAAACAAUGUUUCCUCCUUUUGUGUUUAUUGUUUUAUUUCCUUCAGUAGUCCAGCAGUAGCUACGUUUUUUUACGUUUUUCCCCUCAACCAAUAUGUUGGACUUUUUUUAAAAGUCAGCAACAACAUUAUCUUGCUGCGUCUUUUUAUCCAGGUGGUGAUCAGUGGGAGAAGCCAGUGGAAGAAAGACACCAAAGUCUGCACAUCAGUGAACUUGAUCAAAGCAUGCAAGAACCCUGAGGAACUAGGUACACUGGCAAACACAGAAUCCAGCUGCUCAGUAUUAACCCUACCAAAAAAAAAAAAAAAAAAAGAGUGAAACUGAUUGAUGAACUAUGGAAGUGUAUUGCAUUCACCAAAAAAAAGCUCUGUUUUUCAGUGUAAUCUUUUUUUGUUCUUUUCUUCGGACUAAUUUUUUUUUUCUGUUUUUAAAAGUAAUUUUUUGUUUGUUUGUUUUGUUUUUAAGACUAAUUGAUUUUCCUAUUGGGAUCAUGUUUAGUUUGAUCAAGUUUGACUUUCUUUUGGGUUUGAGUCACUGGGAGAUCCUCCUUUCUUUCAGUCAGAUAGAUGAAAUUGUUAUAAGUUUGUCUACUUUGCGCAGACACCUCAGGAUUUGCAUACCCUAUGUUUACCUAAUAACAUGCUUUACUCUCAUUGACUAUGUCGUCGCAGUUAUCUAGGAGCUGAAGAAUCUGCUGAUUUGGAGCAGCCACGGUGGUUAACGUUAUCUGAAGUAUCUCGCUGAGUUAGGGGAAAAAAAUAGUCAGAAAAACAGAAAGAUGAAAAAAAACAAGAGUAUGAAAGACAAAAUAAAAAUUUGUCUGAAAAACAGAAAGAGGGGAAGAAAAUAUUACUACAAAAAAAACAGAAGAAAAAAAUAGUCAGAAAAACAGAAAGAAGAAAAAAUUUAGUUUGAACAACAGCAAAGAAAAAAAUUGCUCAACAAAACAGUCUCCUUUUUUCGUAAGUGAAUGCAAUACGCUUCCACAGUGAACUGAUUAAACUGUUUUUUAAAAAAAAUACAUAGUCACUGUUGUUUAAGCUUUAUGUAAAUGACAGUUUCAUUUUCAAUGUCUUCUUGUAAUGCAUAUUUGAGGCCAUGGUGAAGAAAUACAUAUUCUUAAUUUCACUAAAAUUAUCUCCAUUAGACUCCAAGAUGGAAUAUCUGCUUCUCACAAUGACUGAGGUCCUGAAAAGACAGAGCGGCAAAAGCAAGAAGAGCUACAACCAGGUGAGUUCAACGUGACAAAACCUGUGGCGGUGACUUGUGGUUAAAAAUGCAGCAGCAGCACACUCACUCAAACCACUCUGCAAAUGCAUUUACAGUUUGAGACAGAGACCUCAAAGUGCUCUUGAUAGCAUCUUCUAUUCAACUGAAUCUCAAAUAGAGUGUAGUGAAAACAAAGUUUCUCUCGCAGGCGUCUAAAUAGGACAACAAGCCACAACACAGACAAGACUCACGCGUGUUUGCAGGUGUUUUGCCUUUGAUAAACUUUACUCAACGCUGCAGCUUAAUCUCUAGAUUUGAAGCUUUAAUCUGAGAUAGUCAUUACACCCUCAAUCAGAUUGUGGAGCAAACAAUGGUUUAUAACCUCAAGGCUCUCUUCUCAGCCUCUUCAGGCAAAUGUGAAAAACGAAAUGUGCAAAUAAAUAUUUGCCCCACAUUCAGAUUUCUAAUGUAUCAUCUUUCCUCUCUUUUUCCCCACUGUAGCAGCUGAGUGUGACUGAAUUGAAGGUGGACAAGGUCCAGAUCAGUGGUGCAGGAGAAACAACUUUUGCUGUUUGUCUCGACCAGGAUGAGAAGAAAAUAUUGCAGAGUGUCACCAGGUGUGAAGUUUAAAUGAGUUAACACACACACCCACAUAAACAUAUGCGUGUUGAUUGCCAACUGGUGUUAUAAAGAAUUUUACUACCUUGUCAAAAAAUGCAAAUCAUGAGGUGGAGACACGACUCCACAAAGAAAUCUGAGCUUUGUAAACAUCAAAUUUGGUUUUUCACCACAAUUUUCGUGAUCAGCAUGCUAAUUAUAAUUUACAUUGUCCUCUCAAUGUAGUCAUAAAAAUUACAGUCAAGGAAACUUUUUGUUGACAAAACAAACACUAAAUUUAAACCUUCUCUAAAUUGAGAGAUCAAAUAAUCCCCGGGGGAAAGACAAGAUUUCAGUAUUGGAAGUGUUUCUGUUGGGUUUGUUGUCACACUUGUAUUGACUUGUAGUUAGUAGUGACUGAUGGGGCUGAUAGGGCUUUGGCUUGAACGGGUUAAAGUUAUUUUUCAACCGUCAAACAGUCCCUUGAAGUAGUGCGACUUAAAAUGUCAGUGCAAUGACGAAUUUUCAUGCUACUGUGGUUUAAAACUGGAUAAAGUCCCUACAAAGAUAGCAAUAUGAGUCACAUAAACAGUACCAAGAAAACGGUGCAGAAAUAAACAGCGUUUCCAAAGAUGCGCUACAACGAUUCUUUUGUGAUGAUACUUCCUCUGAACAAGUCCGCAUUUUCACCAACUUUCAGAAGUUUAAUGACACAAAUAGGUAAAUAUUUUUCUAAACGGUUCACCAGAUAAGCUUGAACCUGUUUUUUUAUUCUCAUCUGCAUCCUCUCCACAACCCACUUCCUCUCUGAGAGCUUACAGUAAUAGAGAGAAAGAUUAAAACUCUUACAGCAUUCGCUUACAACCCACAAAGUCUCCAAGUGUUGUACUUGAAUUAACCCGUGUGUUUCCUUCUAUCCCUCACAGAUGUGACAUAUCAGUGUGCUGCAAACCUGACAGCUCCACUGACUGGAGGUUAAGGGAAUCCCUGCCCUCUGCACAAAUCCAACCUCUGCACCCCACUUUCUGCUCCCUCCUAUGCCUGCCUAUUGUUACUUUCAGUGGGGCCCUCCCCUGAAACUGCUGACCGCAGGGUGGUUUGCUGAAAAGAAAAGAUCUCUGCACUGAAAUAAACACGCUGUAAGAAUCAGGCAGUGAUUUCAGACGGAGGUGGUUGAAUUUAAAGGAUAGCAGCCUCAGCGGGGUGGUGCUGUGAGAAUUAGUAAAAGCACUGAUCAGGAAACUGUGUCCCUAACUAGCUUGAAAACUUUAAUACAAAUAUAUGCAAAGGAACCUGUGAAACAGAGAAUAAAUAGAGAAUAAGUAGUUUGAAUGAUGCUCAGGUAUUUGCACUGUAAAGAAAACUGCUCAGGUUUCCAUCCAGAGUUUCCAUCCAGCAUGAAGAGGAGUGACCAAACCCACAGUAGCUCGGGAAUACCGUUUGGUCAAACAGGGUGAAUGCACACUACCAGAUUCUAGGUGAGAGGGCAGCUAAUGAGCCAGGGUGCUACCGAGGACUUAUCUCUGAAAAUGUCAACUCUAUCCUGGAGUCAGAGGUGAAGAACUUUUCAUCCUGCGUAACAUGGAGCAACAUACAGACACUUCCCUUUUUCUGAGCGUACUGAACCAUGUAAAGCCUCAGCUGGGGGUGGAUACUGAACUUAAGGACUCUGUCUACAACUGGACACUUUCACUGUGUGUAAAUUUUGUGUUUGUAAAAUAUUAACUGUAUGAAAUAAUGAAUAUCACAUCUUUGUUAUGUCUUUGUUUAAUCUGUGAUUACGUUCCUCCUAAGGAGUUACUAUGGAGUCACUGUUGAACUGGUGUUUAAAUGUAGCCAGCAGGGGGCUCUGUUGAUCUUUUUUUACUUCUGUUGAAGUAUAGAUAACUAACAUACAGUGAUGUUAGUGUAAGUGCAGUUGAGUCUCAGUCUAAUGCAAUGGACCUUGUAGUUGAUGACAGCACCUGCACUUGCAAAUGUAUAACCUUUAAAGAUAGAACUUAUAGAUUUGUGAUUUUGGUGCUAAAUCAUCUGAAUGCACACAACUCUUUAUAGUCCAUAUAAUAUAAUUCAUCACUCCUUUCAUACUGUAAACUAGGAUAUGUAAAAAAAAAAGCACUGUACAGAAAUAGUCCUGUGGAACUGAAGCACUUGAUAAUUAGAUCAAGAAAAUGAGGUACUGAGGUUUGCCAUGCAUCACUGCCCUCUCCUGACAUGUCUGUUUUGAAUGUGUGUUUUUUUAUCCCUGUGUGUGUACAUUUCGGUUGCAAUAUUGUUCUUAUGUGUAUCAAAGGGAGAGUGAUGUAAAGCAAUGGAAACAUGUUGAAUAUUAUUUUCAUUAAAUAUCUCUUCAACUUGA